AUGGCUUCUACCCAGAUCAAACGUUAUGCCAUUGUCGGCAUGGGCGUUCGUUCCGCCUUUUACUACCAGAGCAUCCUUCAAGAAUUUGCCAAUGUUUCCAGCCUUGUCGGAAUUUGCGACACGAACCAGACUCGUCUGAAUGCAGCCAAUGACCGGAUUGUGGAACUCGGGGGGCAGAAAGUGCCUACUUACAAGGCCGAAGACUUCGAUAAAAUGAUUGCUGAGCAGAAGCCGGACGUCGUAAUUGUCACCACAAUUGACUUAUUCCAUCAUGUGUAUUGCAUUAGGGCAAUGGAGCUUGGAUGUGAUGCAAUCACAGAAAAGCCAAUGACAAUCGACGAGGAAAAGCUUCAGCUAAUGAUUGAUGCUGAAAAACGGACCGGGAAGCAAGUCCGUGUCUUGUUCAACUAUCGAUACGCUCCUCACCACACCAAAGUCCGUGAACUGAUUCAAUCUGAUGUGAUUGGCGAAAUAGCCACAGUUCACAUGGACUGGAUUCUCGACUGCGCUCACGGCUCCGACUUUAUGCGUCGCUGGCAUCGAAACAAGGAGACCAGCGGCGGCAUCCAGAUGCACAAAUCAAUUCAUCAUUUCGACCUUGUCCACUUCUGGCUAAAUACUGAACCCGAACUGGUCUAUUGCCUUGGAGACCUCCGAUUCUAUGGCAAGGAAAAUGCCCAGCGACGUGGCGUCACCAACCUUGGAGAACGAUACCUUGAUAAUGAGGAAGCGAAAAACGACCCGUUUGCUAUUCACAUUGACCAAAACGCUCAGCUGAAGAAACUUGUCACACGGACCACUGCAUAUAUCGGGGCAUGCAUUCAACUGUUAGAUUGA